GCCUCUCCAUUUCUUACCCCGCAGAAGGAAUGCUGCCAAAGAACUCCCCGCGUGUGGUGAAGAAGGUGAAGUCCAUGCAGAUGUUUCACAUGCCUGUCACCUCAGCCAUGCAGGGAGACCGACUGGGCAUCUGCGUCACCCAGUUUGACCCCAAGCUACUGGAGCGUGGCCUGGUGUGUGCCCCUGAGUCCCUGCACACUGUCCACGCAGCCAUCAUCUCUGUGGAGAAGAUCCCGUAUUUCCGGGGGCCCCUGCAGACCAAAGCCAAGUUCCACAUCACGGUGGGCCAUGAGACAGUCAUGGGCCGGUUGAUGUUCUUCAGCCCUGCCCCCGAUAGCUUUGACCAUGAGCCUGUGCUGGACUCCUUCGACUUCUCUCGAGAAUACCUCUUCCAGGAGCAGUACCUAGAUAAGGAUUUGGCACCAGUGGCGACAGACAGUGAUGAGGCUAACAAGAAGACGGGCCAGGCUACAGAAGGCCGCUGCCCUCGGCAGCAGUGGGCCCUCGUGGAAUUUGAGAAGCCUGUCACCUGCCCUCGGCUGUGCCUGGUGAUUGGCUCCAGGCUAGAUGCGGACAUUCAUGCCAACAUGUGCCGACUGGCCUUCCAUGGUGUCCUGCUCCAUGGGCUGGAGGACAAGGACUAUGCUGAGAGCUUCUUGCCCAGGCUGAAAGUGUAUAAGCUCAAGCACAAACAUGGCCUUGUAGAACGGGUGAUGGAUGACCACAGCGUGAUCGGCCGCUCCCUGUUCAAAAAGGAGACCAACAUCCAGCUCUUUGUGGGCCUCAAGGUGUACCUAUCCACCGGGGAGCUGGGGGUCAUCGACAGCGCCUUCGGCCAGAGUGGCAAGUUCAAGAUCCACAUCCCUGGCGGCCUCAGCCCCGAGUCCAAGAAGAUUCUAACACCCACCCUCAAGAAGCGGGGCCGGGCCGGCCGAGGAGAAGCAGCCAAGCAGGAGGAGGUGGCCGAGCGGUCUGAGCCUGCGCAGCACGUGGCCCUCAGCCUGUCUUUCAAGCGUUACGUCUUUGACACCCACAAGCGCAUGGUCCAGUCUCCCUGAGUGUUCCAGUGACCUUGCCCAGGCCCCGGGCUGGGCUGCAUUGCCAAGUGUCCGACCAGAUGUGCCUCAACCUCCUUUAGUAUGUCCCUCCCCACGACCCUGCAGACACGGGCCCUAGGCCUGGCGCUAAGCCCCGGUGAAAAGCCUGGGGGGUGCGGUGGCAGUGACACCAGGGCUGGGGCCCAGAGGGUCUGUCCCGGCACCCUCGCACCUACUAGGGGCCAGUGUUUCCCAGGCCGCCCAACUGGCAGCCAUGGGAGGGCCAGUCCACACCCUGCCCCAGGUGGCCUGGCACUUAACCAGCUGCAAAUAAAUGUCCCACGGUGUCUGCCCA